UCCUUUUGUUGAAGCUGGAGAACAAAGCUGAUGUUAUCACAAGAAGACAUGAAAGAAAGGCAAGCGGGCUGUCACCUUGUCUGCUAGAGCUUCGUAUUCGCCAGCUCUCACGGACGGAAGACUUCUCCUGGACUCGCUGCGUGCUGCUUCGCCGUAAAGGAACACUGACGACACACAAGUGCUUCAAGUUUUUCAUUUUCAUGUGGGAUUUUUUUAUGGUGCAACGUCUGACCAGGCACGUGCAGCAAGGACGCCAACUUCUGUCCAAAGACAUUAGCGCAGCGGACACAGUCCUCCAUGGUGACAUUCUGGACAGGGAUGAAAGGACAGACGUCCAGUGCUCCCAUACGAGGGUGCUCCCCUACACACACACACACAUGAAAAUGUACAUGUUGUGUGUCUCUGUGGACGUUGCGGACUCACCCGAGUGUUUGCUCAUAUCAAUGAGGCUGAAGGCCUGACGGGCGGCGUUCAGAGCGCCUUCCACCGCAGCUUCAGGCGCACCCACAAAAGUGUAAACGGUGCGGUUGGUGGAAGCUCCGGGGUCCACAUCCAGGAGGCUGCAGCCAGGUGUGCUGCUGAUGGCCGCCGAAAUGGCAUCGAUCACCUGGAAAACAUUUCAUCUUUUCUUAUAGAUCAGCUAAACAUGGAAACCAUCAAGGAGACCAGCAUCUAGAUCCACUCACAUGUUCCUCACCAAUCGCUUAUGAUGAAGGACAAGAACUCACCUCUUGAUUCCGCCCCUCUGAGAAGUUUGGGACACAUUCGACCAGUUGAGCCAUGAUGUCUUCACUCCAAAAGGAACUACCCGAACGACUCACUUCUUUUCUGAAACACACACACAGCCAUACAGGGCUGAAUCAUUAACAGAUGCACCCCUGCAGAUUCAUGACAUCUCCUUUUGAGAAGCCAACAACAUUUGACUUGGCCCAUCAACGUUUCCAGAGUCCCGGCCCUGACAAGCGUGAUGGCGAGUGGAGCCAUGUUAGAACCGCACCAAUUGGACACAGCGUGCAUUUCGAACAAGCCGUCAAAACACUGAUGGGACUGACAAGACCAAGCACAUCAACCAAUUACUGGGCAGGAAUAGACGAGGACAGCCAACUGCAGCCGCCACUGGAAGAAUCUUCAAUUUCUUUGUCCCAUGGAUGGCGCCCACACACAGCUUGUUCACCUAAUGAAAGUGUAUCUGUGGAGGCGCAUGACUCUCUUGCUGGGCUAAGAGGACACAUGCGUGAUGGGAGCUUGGCGUCGUCCUCGCCAGGACACACGACAUGGAUGAGAUCUGUUAGGAUGCAGGAGUGUGCUUCAGAUGACCAUGCAGACCACUGCGGAUCUUCUUCCUCGUCAGUGAUGUCCCCUCAAUUGCUGGAGAUGACCCCUGCCGGAGGAAGAGACAACAGGAAGUCCAGCAGGAGCAAAGCCGAUGCAGAACCGGGCGAGGAAGACAGGAGGAGCUGGAUGGCCUUCAGACAGAGAAAGAAAAGCAGCAGGUUGGCGGGUUUUCAUCCCGGUCGCAGGAAAGCGGACAAGUCCAGACCCAUCGUAUUGUCCAGUGAGGAAGACGAGCAUGGCGAAGGUGACGAGAACAGCUGGAUUGACACAACUCCAUGGGGACAUCCUUCCUUCCUGGAACUGGACUUUUUGUUGCUUCACGCCGGCCUGGCGCAUGCUGCUGCCAACGGCAAGAUGAUGGUUACAUCAAGCGGCAUCCAUCUUCCUUUAAAAGUCGGAAGGGAAGAAGGCGACGUCACCGUUGUGGCGUCGCAGGUGCGAGGUUACGGUUUAUGGAGCGGGGGCGUCGCUCGAGGCGGAACUUUGCUGGAUGAAGUGGAAGGGCGGGCCCCCUCGUUGCUCUUCCUGUGGGUGACGGACGCUCAGGCUAACAUGUUGCAGAGGGAGAUGGCCAUCAUUCACAACGCCGCCGCCACGGGUCCUGCCUGCUCCUUCCUGUUGCUGCUGAUGGCAGAGCAUCUUCCUGACAUCCAGGCCGCACUGCUGGUAUCCAUGUUGGAGACGACGGAGUUCAAGGAGAGCCGCUCCUCCUCAGCAGGUCACCCGACCUCCCCCCUUGACUGGAAUGAUUGCCAACGGCUCCUCCAGAGCUUGGCGCCCCCCCUGGAUGAACACCUCCUCGGUCUGCUGGGCCAGUCGCCGGAGGUGCGCAAUGCGGGAAUGAGAAGCUACACAAAGCAGUCAUCUGCUAUGCAGGCGACCACCAGGUUGAUUCAGUAUCCUCCAGCACCCUCCAGAGGCCGCAUCACAGUGACAAAGGAGGACCUGGCCUGUCUGGAAAAGGGCCAAUUCCUGAACGACAUCAUUAUCGACUUUUACCUCAAGUAUCUCCUGCUGGAGGGCGGGGGGCGUGCUGUGGCGGAGCGCAGUCACGUCUUCAGCAGUUUCUUCUUCAGGCAGCUCAGCAGACAGCAAGUCUGUGCUGGAAGCCUCGCUGAUACCGCGGAUCCCUACAGAAGACACCAGGGAGUGAAGACGUGGACUCGCCAUGUUGAUGUUUUCAGCAAAGACUUCCUGUUUGUGCCCAUCAACGAGGAUGCACACUGGUUCCUGGCGGUGGUUUGUUUCCCCGGCCAAGACGGCGUUGGUUAUGAGUUGCGAACAAAUGCAUCGGAGCUCGUCGGUAGGGGAUCAGAGCAUCAGCCGGCGUGUACGCAGCAAGGCUGCAGGAGGGGCGUGGUGUUGACACGGCCAUGCAUCCUGGUGAUGGAUUCCCUGAAAAAGCAGCAGCGUCAACGUGUUUGCCAGCUCCUGAGAGACUACCUGCAGGUGGAGUGGGAGGAGCGCAGGGAGCAGCGGCGUGUCUUCUCCUCGGACAGCAUGCACAGCUGCAGCUGCGACGUCCCACGGCAGGACAACAGCAGCGACUGUGGUUUGUACCUCCUGCAGUACGUGGAGAGCUUCCUUCAGAACCCCGUGGUGCACUUUGACCUCCCUCUGUGUUUGCUCAACUGGUUUCCACGACAACAGGCACGACAGAAGCGCGACGAGAUCAGACACUUGAUCAUGAGGCUGCACAAGAGCCAAUCACAGACCUGAAGGCAUUUCAUCUCGUAUUCCUUUAUUCGUUCAAAUAGCCGUGAUGUAGACCGAUGUUGCUACGGCAACACCAGCCUCUUGCUGACCCUUCCAGAUGUUGCCUAAGAGUCAUUGAUAGGAAUUUGACAGACUGACUCAGGAAGCAGCGUGGUCAGAAUACUCUUGGCUUCCACGCUGGAGGUCCUGAUGCCGUCCUAGCCUCGUCUAAUCUGCACGAUGGGAGGGAAAGAUUAAAGGAUUUGUAUCCCUAACUCCAAAAAUAAUCUUUGUCCUUAAGCAGCCACCGGACUCUAAAGUCAAACAUGCACCAUGGGGGCACACUUGAGUAUUUUACCCCCUGGCGUCUAUUAAGCUGAUUAUCCAAUAAAAGAUGUCCACCUAUGUUGAUGUGGGCGGAGGAGAUUGAAUCACAGCCGUGUUUGGUCUGCUAAUACAAUAUUUACUCACUUCAUUGCUAGUGCUCACGACCCAAACAAUAAUACAAUGAACUU